CCUGCCAGCGUCUUGAGGCGUGCGGGUUUGGCAACCCGCUUCCGUCUCCUCGGAGAUGGAGUCCAGGCUCCUCGUUUCGCCCUCACUGCCGCCGGGAGGGGCAGCGGAGGACGGCAAGGCGGCGGCGCUGACGGCCGCGGCCUCCUUGUCCUCCACCUCCUCCUUGUCCGUGUCGGUGGCGGAGGACGCGAAUCUCGAGCGGCCGCUCAUCCGCCGGGCGCUUUCCGCCCCCAGCAGCGGUGGGAGCAGGAGGCGGAGAGCCGCGAUCGAUUCCUCCAGCGCCUCGCGCCUCCCCUCCUUCCGCCAGGACGUCGAACACGCCGCCGCCGAGACCUACCUCAUCACCCGCCUCGCCCUCACCCUACUCCGAUACCUAGGGGUAGGCUACCGAUGGAUCACAAAGUUCAUUGCCCUAGGUUGUUAUGCAUUACUGCUCAUGCCAGGUUUUCUCCAGGUUGGGUAUUAUUAUUUCUUCUCAAGUCAGGUUCGCAGAAGUGUAGUUUAUGGAGAACAGCCAAGGAACAGGCUGGAUCUGUAUUUACCUGUAAAUACCGAUGGUCUUAAACCAGUUGUAGCAUUUGUAACUGGUGGAGCUUGGAUCAUUGGUUAUAAAGCAUGGGGUGCUCUUUUAGGACGACGAUUGGCAGAAAGGGGCAUCAUAGUGGCAUGCAUAGAUUACAGAAAUUUUCCUCAAGGGACCAUCAGUGAUAUGGUAAAAGACGCUUCUCAAGGAAUUUCAUUUGUGUGCAACAAUAUUGAGAGUUAUGGAGGUGACCUUAACCGGAUCUAUCUAAUGGGACAAUCAGCAGGUGCACAUAUUGCUGCGUGUGCCCUCUUGGAUCAGGCAAUUGGAGAAGCUGGAGAAGGAGAGAGCAUUUCAUGGAGCGUCUCUCAAAUAAAAGCAUACUUUGGCAUAUCUGGCGGGUACAAUAUGCUUAACUUGGUUGAUCACUUCCACAGACGUGGACUAUACCGCUCCAUUUUCCUGAGCAUAAUGGAGGGAGAGCAAUCCUUGCGACGUUUUUCUCCUGAAGUUAUGGUGCAGGGCUCAAGGGUUAGGCAUGCAGUUUCUUUACUGCCUCGAGUUAUUCUUUUCCAUGGAAAAAGUGAUUAUUCAAUACCACCAGAUGCCAGUAAAACUUUCGCCGAUGCCCUCCAGAGUGUUGGUGCUCAAGCUGAGUCAGUCUUGUAUGAAGGGAAAACUCAUACAGAUUUAUUUCUUCAGGAUCCUCUUAGAGGUGGUAGAGAUGAACUUCUUGAAGAUAUAGUUGCGGUCAUCUAUGCUGAUGAUGCAGUUGCACUUGCCAAUGAUGGUACAGCACGUCGCCUUGUUCCUGAGUGCAUGUUAAAGUUGGCUUGUAAAAUAAGCCCCUUCUGAACACUUAAGCUCCAUUCUCAAGUGCGCAUGGAGGGAAGGUUAGGUGUUGAUUGCCAGCUUCAGACAUACAAGACUUGAUGUAUGUCAGUAUGUGAGGUUCUUAAUCCUCCACUUGGAUGUGCAUCUUUGAUACCUUUCUGUAAGUGGAGUACAGCAAACAACUCCUGAUUUAAUAAGGGAAGGCACCAGCCUCCCAAGUUGAAGGUAGUGUGUUUGAUUUUCCUUGAGGGGCUUCCAUGAAGUUUUUGAACGCCUUGUUGAUAUGAGAGGUACCACGAACUUGUGGACUUCUAGGAUGCAGGUCGAGAGCGGACCGCAGGAUGCAACUGCAGUGUGCUUCAGUACUUUCAUAGCUUUAUAUACUUGUAACGCCGAACGAGAGACUCAAGUUCAAGGAGGACGCACGGAUGCCGAUAUCGAAAACUUGCAGGCGCUGGUAAUUUUAUAAGCCAGUGCUUGGGGUGGGUGGGUUUCAAAUAUGUAGUUAGGGAGCUGAUGCCUACUUGUUCCUGGUUAUUUGUUAUUUCUAUGGAUGUUGCAUGGCAGAAUAUGGCACCCAUCGUGCAGAAUUUCAUUGGAAUUGUUACUGUAACAGUAGUAAAGUUAGUUCAUCAUUCAUUCUAGCAA